AUGGCUAGUAAAAAUAGGGCACGUACUUCAAAUGAUGAUGACCUGGAUUCUAAUGAAUCAUCCGAUGAAGAUGGAUGUGACUUAGCAACGACUGUCAGAUCUCUUUCUACUAGUUUAUUAACAUCAAAUCAACAACGAAUAAUUUGUUCUCAACCAAUUGAAACAACACAAUCAAAUAAUGCUGAUCAGAGCAAUAUAAAUCAGCAAAUUUGUGGAUAUCCAUAUGUUCAUUAUAAUGUAUUAUAUCGCCCGAAUCACUAUAGUGUACAACUAGGUCAUUCUGAUCCAUCGAAUGAGAAUUUACUGCUUCCUUAUAUUUUUGGUUCGAAUCAAAAUUAUCUACUAGCGGAACAUAUCGAUUAUCCUACGAAUGAACGUGUACGUUGGAUGGAUGAUUAUCAAUUUUCACUAACUAUCGAAGAAUAUUUUACAUAUUUUCGAGAAAGUGAAUCCAUAGAGAAUACUCAAGCACAUCGUAUGCCACCAAUAAUUGUUUUAAAUAAUAUUGAUCGAAAUCAAUUUGCCAUUGAUGAAACUGAUCGUAUUAAUAUGAAUGUAAUAACACAAAAUAAUCCCGCUGAAAUUGCUGCACCAUUACGACCAAUUGACAUACCGGCGGAAACUACUGUAACAAGAGCACCGGAUGAGAUUCCACAAGACACAGAUUUUUCUGUUAUUACAAGUGAAACACAAAAUAUUCAUGAAAUAUCUACGAACAAUGAUGAUGAUGAUGAACAAAAUCUUAUUCCCGAUAGUUUCGUGAAUGUUGAAGAUAAUGAGGAAUUAAUUUAUACUAACAAUCAAAUAGUUGAAGUAUCAUCAAAUAAUGCAUCUAUUGCUGAUGUUGUUCCAAUAAAUACUUCAUCAAAUCAAAUGAAUAAUAUUGAUGAACAAUCAACUGGAACAGAAUUGACAAAUAAUACAUUAUCUCCUGAAACAUCAGAAAUCACACGAGAUGUUGCUAUAGAUGAAGCUACCUCUCAAGCAAUUUUAAGUAUUACUGAUAUGCCAGUUAGAAGUCUUUCAAAGUUACCAACUGCAAUUCAAUCAAGUAACGGUUCAAACAAAGAAAUUCGUUCAUAA